AUGAUAGUAGUAGCCAUUUUUGCGAUUUUUUCUAUAUUGUUUAUAUUUAGUGGGGUAUUUGAAUAUAUACAUAGGAGGAAUUCACGAAGGACGCAAUAUAUAAACUCAAAAAGGGUCAAAAAUAAGAAACUUGGAAAUAUCGUUUUGCAUGGACAUAUGCUAAAGGAUUCUUUUGCAUCAACAUUAAAUAAUUUCUUUUGUAAAUUAAAAAUAAUAAAUAAUGUUUUCCUAAGAUAUGUAUCAUAUAAUGAAUCAGAGCUAGUUAAAAAUAAUUCUAAAGAAACUAAAAACGGUGAUAUUCCACAAGAAAAAAAUUAUGAAAAUGCUAAAGUAAAAACUAUUUAUUUUAUUAGACAUGCAGAGUCUGUAUGGAACAGUGUUAUAAAUAAAAAAAUAUCAGCACAAAUGAUUAUUGAUUUAGGUUUAUUAUUAAUGUAUGAACUAUGUCUUUUAUUUGAUAAAAAAACACUAUUAGUCGAUUCUCCUUUAAGUAACGCUGGAGUUAUGCAAUCAAUAGAAUUAUUAAACUUUUUGAAUCAGGGUCAAAAUGGAAUUAAUCAGGAAUCUCUAAUUUGCUAUAGAGAGCCAUGCAAUAAUACCAAGGAGGAUGAUUUAAAAAAUAAAAGUGAGAAAAGCAUGGAACUUAUUAGAAAAGGUUCUAUAAAAAAUCUUUAUAAGAAAACAAGAAGAAAAAAAAAAACUGAUAAUGAUACAUCAAAUGGCAAAGGGGAAAAAAAAAAAAAUGAUGUAAACCAAACAUUAGACAAUGAAUAUUUUAAAUUCUUAAUUGAAAACAUAAAUAACAAUAAUAAAUCAGACGAUGCUAUGAGCAUUCAAAAUUUUGAUAAUGAAAAUAAUAACGGCGAAAAUGAUGAUAGCGAUAUGUAUACUGAAAUAAGUAAUGAUGAAAAGAAAUAUGAUCCUGAUGCAAUAAUAAAUUUGAGUAUAGAAGAUCAUAUAAAAAUUAUUAAUAAUACUUCAAAAUAUGAAAGUUCUAUAUUAUGCUCUGAUUUAAGAAGAACUAUUUCUACUUGUUUUAUUUCGUUAUACAAUAGAAUUAAUACAAGUAAGGAUAGUGUUAGUGUUUUAAAUUCAUUACAAGAAAUUAGCAGAAAUCCUGAUUGCAUUCCACUAUUUUCAUAUUAUGAUAAUAAAUAUAUUAAAUCGGAAGUUGAAAGCGUUUUUUAUAAAAAAGUUGGAAAAUUACUUAAAACUAAAAUACAUUUGAGGAAUAAAAAAUCAAAAAAUAAGUUUGUUGAUACGCUAGACUAUAUAUUUUCCAAAGACAAUGAUAUUUUUAUCGUAUUUGGUCAUAGUAAUUGGUUUAAAAUAUUCUUUAAUAAUUUUUUGAGGUCACCUCAUAUAUCUAAAACAAAUAAAAUUAAAAAUUCUGGAAUAGUAGUAUUCAAUAUGAUUAAAUCGGAUCAUAACGGUACUCCGUAUUAUGAAAUCCAAGAAAAUAGCAUUAGAUCAAUAUACAAAGGAUUUGAAGGAAGUGAAAAUGAAGAAUUACAAAAAGCGAGCUAA